CCCGCUGAAGGAGGCGGCGAAGGAGGAGGAGGAGGAGAGGGGAGGAGAGGAGAAACCUCCGCAUUCCCUCCCUCCGCGCCCCGUCCCCCCGCGCGGACCGCCCGCCCGCCCGCCUCUCCCCUGCAUGCCCGGCUGAGACCGCGGGGAGGACUCAGCCACCCGCCGCGGCCCCGCCGCCUUCCCGCGCCCCGCCACCGCGGACAAAGGGGGAGAGCGGGCAGCCAGAGGAGGGGAGAGCCCGUCCCCGCCGCGCGAGCAUGGCGGACCGCAGCCUGGAGAGCGUGUCCCUGCCGCUGGAGGUGCGGGCCCGGCUGGCCGAGCUGGAGCUGGAGCUCUCCGAAGGUGACAUCACACAGAAGGGAUAUGAAAAGAAGAGAUCAAAAUUAAUUGGGGCCUACCUGCCACAGCCUCCCGCAGCGAAUGGAGCUGCCGCRGUACGGUGUAGACUGCAACACAGUGAAGGAGCUGCCAGAAGAAUGCUCCGCACUGCCAACAUUGGUGUCUGUGACAUCCGGGAAGCGGCCGCUAGAGAGAGAGCAGCCAGCACUGCAGGAAACCGGCCUCUCUUUUAUUUUCGUUUUGGGGUGGACCAGGCGUUACCACAGGAACGUCGAACUCCUGUCACUCCGUCCUCGUCCUCUCGGUAUCACCGUCGCAGGUCCUCAGGGUCACGGGAUGAGCGCUACAGAUCGG